AUGUCAUCAAUAUCACCUCUUCAUUCUCAUCCACUAGUUGAUCAAGAUGAUCAAAGGAUACCACCUGUCAUCACAACUCCAUUGAACAACAGCAAUGGUAGUAUCAAUCAUAAUAUAAAUGGUCAACUACAACAACAACAACAACAACAAACAUCAUCAUCACCACCAACAUCAACAUACCUAGCAACAGCAUUAUCAUCUUCAUCAUCAUCAUUACCAACACCAACAACCGAAGAGAUCAACACAAUCAUGUCAUCAGUGGUGUCAUUGAACAAUCUAUUACAAUGCAACGAGCAGUAUCAUGAGAUGUAUCAUGCAUUCAAGAAUCAUUGCAAACAACAGAAGGACAUAUUAUUCCAUCUCUUGAUAUCUUGUUACUCGGCCAUCAGACAGUACAUCAAGCAUGUGAACGCCGGCGACCUUAACGAGGCGCUGCAAUCGGCACGCUUCAUAUUCAACACGUAUUUGCCUCGCGAUUCCAUGCCCCUUGACAUGGCCACAUACACCAGUCUCAAGUUCCUCUCAGUACAGUCGCCCAGCACCAAGAAGUUAGAGUCGCUCCUGAACGACACGAGCUCAGGUCUAUUCAACAGUACCGGUUAUGAUGCUGGUCUUGGUUUGUUUGGUUCAUUAAAGACAUCUAGUGGAGAUAUCCCAGCAGCAGCAGAUAGUCAAUUAGAUAGCAGCAGCAGCGGCAGUAGCAAUGGUAGCUUGGGCGGAAUCAACCCAGCUACCACCACAACAAACACAGAGACAACUCAACAGGCGACGGAUAUCAACGAGCGAAUUACAUUGGGCCUAUUCGAUAAGGUCGACGAGUAUAUAAUCACAAAGCUAGAGCCAGAGUACCAAAAGUUCAGCCAUCAGUAUCAUCACGCACAGCUUCAGAAGCAGCAACAACUGAAACAGCAACAACUACAACAGCAACAACAAAAGUUGCUCUCACAGUCCAAUGACUCGCCUCAAAGGGGUGCUAGAAAGGUAGAGUUCAAGAUACUACCAGGCGAGGUAGUAGGUGAUGACAAGUACCCUGUAUAUUACAUCGACAACCUCACUGGAGAGUUCAUCCCAUCGAUAUUGUACCCGACAAACUUCCGUUUGAUCUUUGUCAGCAAGCUCACGUAUACUGAGAACUUCUCGAUACCAUUGGCAACGAUCUAUCGCAUUGACCGUGUCAAUCAUAUAAAGGUGGAACAACUCAUCGGGCUCUGGUGCAAGGACUUUAGAAAGGUGGAGUUCUUUAUCAUACCGCGCGAGCUCUACCCAUCGUCCGAUCCCAACCCACAGCACGACCACACCGCGCCAUUGAUUGGUGCACUGCGACAGAUGGCUUUCCCGCUUGAGCAUACACAGCUGUUUGCCUACAAGUUCAAUCUGGUGCCGGAUGAGGCCGCCGGCGAUGGAUGGCGCACCUACGAUCUGUUCUCCGAGUUUAUUCGUCAAGAUCUCAACUUUAAGCUGUGGCGCACAUCCGAUGUUAACUGCGAGUAUGAACAACCGACAUAUCCUGCACGAUUCGUCGUCCCCGAUUGUAUCACAGACGACGAGCUGCGCGUAGCAGCUGGCUUCAGAUCAAAGGGUAGACUGCCCACCGUGUGCUGGGUGAGUCGCGAGGGUGUGCCACUGGCGCGUAGCUCGCAGCCAAUGGUCGGCAUCACGCGUGCUCGCUGUGCCGAGGACGAGAAGUUGGUCGAGAUGAUAAGGACGUGCUGCCCAUCCAACCGUCCUCUGUACCUUUUGGACGCGCGUCCAAAGGCCAACGCCAUUGGUAAUCUGGCCAAGGGCAUGGGCUACGAGAUGUCCUACAAUUGCAACAUCGAGUUCUUGGGUAUUGGAAACAUUCAUGCCAUGCGAGAUGCCGUCAACAAGCUCGAGCAGCUGGUCUACACUUCAAACACCCCACCCAACAUUGACGACGGGUGGCUGGGCGCACUCGAGGGCACCAAAUGGAUGGACCACAUCCGAGCGGUACUCAUUGGUGCUACACGUGCUGCCGAGCUAAUCAACACUGGCAACCCAGUGCUGCUGCAUUGCUCUGACGGAUGGGAUCGCACAUCGCAGCUGUCCUCGCUGGCACUACUACUACUCGACCCAUACUACCGUACGAUCAAGGGCUUCCAGGUGUUGAUCGAGAAGGAGUGGUUGUCAUUUGGACACAUGUUCAACACACGUGUGCGUCAUGGAGAUCGCAACUAUUACACAGACUCACAGCGCUCGCCAGUCUUCCUGCAGUUUAUCGACUGUGUCUAUCAGGUGCAAUGCUACUAUCACGACUUUUUUGAGUUCAACGAACAGUACCUCAUCGCGAUACUCGACGCGCUGUACAGUUGUCAGUAUGGCACGUUCCUGUGCAACUCGGACAAGGAGCGCGUCUCCAUCAAGACCAAGACCGUGUCGCUGUGGACGCAACUCAACUCGCCAUCGAUUCGACAGCACUUUACCAAUCCAUUCUACAACCCCAACAGGCCCCGUGUGCCCAGCCCUAUGCCAGUCUGGCGCGGCGAGCAUGUCCAGCUGUGGCGCACCUACUACUAUCGCUACUACCGACAGCCAUCCAAAGAGCCAAUCACAUUCGAAACGAUUGCUCUGUCACUCAAAGAUGAGAACAAGGAACUAAGAGCCAAGCUUGAAGAAUUACAACAACAGAUUGAGCGUAUGAAGUUGGCACCAACAGCACCAAUGAUUGAAGGCUCAGAGGCCCAGAAUGGGUCGUCUUGA